AAUUGUUAUCUUCUGUGACUAGCAACGGGCCAAUUCUCCUCUGUGAUUUUGCUGCUUUUGCUAACCUUUUCUGUCUAGGGCAACCCAGCGCUUCAACGGCCAGUAAAGCCUUUAAUAAUUUGUUGGUUACCCACUGUUCCACUUUCACUCUUUCUUGGCUAGUCUGCUUGUCUGCCGACAAUGCAAGCAGAGAAGCAGCAAACUUGGAAAAUCAAAGUACAUGCUAGAGCCAAGAGAUUCCAUUUCAAAUUCAAAGCAACAAAAACAGAUCAACCCAUCUGGAAGUCGCCCAAAUUCUCAAUCUUUCUUAGAAUCCAUAGAUUUUUCCUCCAAGUGAAUACAGAAUCUCGGAAUUCAAUUCCUAGAUGGAAGAAACCAAGAACCCUGAAAUCUAAAUUCCUCAGAUUUUUUCGAAAGUUCAAGACUUUACCUUCAAAGAAACAGGCAGUUGCGGCAGAGAAAACCCAAGAUCUUCAAAACCCAGACAGUAAAUUACAUGUGGAUCGACAGAGAGAGUUUUCUUACAAGAAGCCAGUUUGCAUUGGAUCUAUGCUGGUCGGGACACUGGCAUUGCUUUCAGAAUCAAACUGUGAGAGAAAUCAGAAGGGAAUUAUCAUCCAUGGUUCAUGUGUCUUGCUACUUCUUGCUUUCUUGUUCAAGAAAUAUAUAACGGGACAGGCCAUGACUUUAUUGGUGUUUUUAACAAUGGCAACUGCAGUUUGUGCAGUUAUGUUUCGUUUAGACGAGUACAUGAAUUAUGAUCAAGGUUUGGUCUCAGAAGUUGUCUGGAAGGCAUGGAAUUAUACUGCCUCUUCUGGGUGUUUGUAUGAGCUUUCUCAGGUAAUUUUUUCAAGGUUUGCCAAUCUAUGGGUGUGGUGCAGUCAGAGGCCAAAUAAUUGGAUGACUUGACAUCCCAUUAUCCUAUGAAUGAUAGCCUUAAUGCUACGUUGUAGAUGAAUCAAUUCUUCUUUGAUUAGAUUAGGUGAUUUCUUCUUCUUCUGUCUAUCUUUUACCACACACCACACAUGCCUGUUGUUCAAGAACAAACAAUUUGCAUUUUUCCCACACCAUUAUUUUCUCAACAUCUAUGAAAAUGAUUUGAGUGUACAAGCAUCUCUUUCUAUUAGUGAUUGUUUGAAAGUUUGAAUAUUAAUUGUAAUCUAUUUUGAUCUUUAUAUAUGCUGUUUGUCUGUGUU